CAGAGUGUCAUCGUGUCAGUGUGUUUGUCAGUGUCAGUGUUGCUCAGUGUUUCCUAAAGUCUGCUUUCUUUUGGCAAAAUUAAAGUGUCAAAGGAGAGUCGUAAUAUAUCUACGAUGGCAGACUCAGAUGACGAAUACGAUCGGAAAAGAAGAGACAAAUUUCGAGGAGAAAGGACAGAAUCUUAUUCCAGAGAAGGUCGUAGAGAUGAUCGAAGACGUGACGAUUGGGUUGAUAGAGAAUGGUCGAGCCGACCUAGACAAAGGCCAGAUUAUCGUGAGUAUCGUGGGGGCGGUGGGGGCGGAAGUCGGGACCGUUACAGUCCCGCUCGUUCCCAGGAAAUGGCACCACCAAUGAAGAGAAUGCGCGGUGAUUGGGACGACAGGCCCCGCUAUGGUCACGAUUAUCGAGAAGUCGCGGGAAACUUUAGUAAUUCAAAUGUCGAGACUCAGCCACCGAUGAUGACGUUCAAAGCAUUUUUGGGCACUCAAGAGGACACGAUCACGGACGAGGAAGCGAUUAAGCGAUACAAUGAGUACAAACUCGAGUUUCGACGACAGCAACUAAACGAGUUCUUUGUGGCCCACAAGGACGAAGAAUGCGUAUUAACCAUGAAACGUGUGGAGGUCUUUAUGGAUUUACUCAAUUGUGGUAACAUAGACAGAGUGACGGUUGACGCUGAUCAAGCUGACGCUUUGCUUCAUCUUUUGGAUGCGGUUGUCAUCAAAUUGGAAGGCGGUACAGAGGAGGAUCUGAAAAUUCUCGAUGUUAAACCUCCCAAACCUCCGGCACCUGCAGAACCGCCUGCCAAAGAGGUUCCGGCCAAAGAGAAGGAGGAGGUCAAGGAGAAUAAGACACCAGUUGAAAAGAAACCCGAAGAGAAUGAUGAAGUCAAAAAGAGUCCUCAGAAGGAAACUGUAGAGGAAAAGCGAAAUGGAGAUGUCGAAAUGAAAGAUUUGGAAAAAGAGGAGGGUGAAGAGCCCGAGAAAAAGGAGGAGAAGGAGGCAGAGGAAAAGGAAAAGGUGGAGAGAGAAGAGGAAUCGGAGCCGAAAGAGAAAGUUGAAGAACCAGAAGUUCCGGAAGCUGCCACUAAAAAGCGGAAACGAAGUAAAAGUAACAGCAGCUCAAGUAGUACAAGCAGUUCAAGUUCUUCUGAUAGUGAAGAUAACGCUCCAGCAACUGAGAAAAAAGAAGAGCCUAAAGUCGAGGAAAAAGUGGAAGUGAAGGAAGAUGAGGAAGAGAAGAAGAAGAAGAAGGAAGAAAAGGAGGCGAAAGUCGAGGAAGAGAGCGUAAAUGAAAAGAAGGAAACCCGAGAACCGGAAACUGUCAUUGACUUGGCGAGCGAAGACAAGGAGAAAGAACCUCGCGCUCUUCAUAAAACGAGCAGUAUCUUCCUCAGAAAUUUGGCGCCUACAAUAACCAAAGCCGAAGUCGAAGCCAUGUGUAAACGAUUUCCUGGAUUCUUGAGAGUUGCGAUAGCAGAUCCACAGCCAGAACGUCGUUGGUUCCGUCGUGGUUGGGUCUCAUUUGAACGUCAAGUCAACAUCAAAGAAAUCUGCUGGAGUUUGAAUAAUAUUCGGCUGCGAGAUUGUGAACUUGGCGCGAUCGUAAACCGAGAUCUUUCCCGGCGUAUUCGCGCAGUCAAUGGAAUGACAGCUCACAAGCAGGUUGUCAGACAGGACAUUAAAUUGAGUGCAAAAAUUGUGCACAAUUUGGACAAUCGUGUGGGACUCUGGGAUGAAAAAAAGGAGCAGGAGUUGAAAGACGAUCAGAAAAAGGAGGCUAAAUCGUCGGAUCAGCUCGCGAUGGAAAUUGAGCAGGCUGCUUUUGGACUUUCUUCGAAGAAUCCAGUCUUGAAAAACAUCACGGAUUAUCUGAUCGAGGAAGCUUCGGCUGAAGAGGAAGAAUUGCUGGGCAUGUCUGGGGAUCACGAGGAGGGUCAACUCAGUGGAGACGCUGAUGGCCCAAUUGAAAGGGAUCCAGUCUUGAUGAAGGUUCUCAGAAUGAAGGUUAAUGAGGUGGAGAAGUUUGUCCAGGCCAAUACCCAGGAACUCUCGAAAGACAAAUGGCUCUGUCCUCUGAGUGGCAAGAAAUUCAAGGGUCCCGACUACAUUCGCAAGCACAUUUGCAAUAAGCACGCGGAGAAAGUGUCGGAAGUGAAAGCCGAGGCAGAAUAUUUCAACAACUACUUGAAGGAUCCAAAACGUCCUCAACUUCCGGAACAUCCGGGAAACAAAGCUCCUGUCCGAGAAGCUGCACGCGAAGGUUUCUCCUCCUUCAACUCUGGUACUACCGGAAUCGUACAGCUACCAUUAUCCCGAAAAACAUUCGGCGGUGGUUUCGGAGGAGGCGGCGGUGGUUACAGCGGCGGAAGAGGUGGUUACGGGGGUGGUUACGGCGGCGGAGGAGGCGGUGGAGGUUUUGGAUUCGGCAUGCCUCGUUCUAACCGUGGAGGUUUCAACCGAGGACGAGGAGGUGGUGACUUCAGGCCAGUAAUUCACUACCGAGAUCUCGACGCGCCCCGAGAACCAGACGAAUUUCUGUAAUCUAUUCUCCCUUCCGGGAACUUUACCCGAAGAAUAGACUUUUAUUUUAUGUUUGUUGCAUAUUAUAAUUACUAAAAAGAAAAGAAAAAAAAUUCCGAAGAAAAAAACUCGGAAUGAAAGAAGCUUUUUUUACACUGGUGUGUGAGUCCGAUUUUGUAUAAACGGAACAAUUUCAUAUUUCUCUUUGACAAGAAAAUAGUUCGCGACUUUUCACUUUUAUUAGAUUUGUGACAUGUAAAUGUAAUCUUAUCAUAGUAAUGAUGUAGAAUUUUCCGCAUUUUUUGGCUCCUUCAAUUUUUAUAAAAUAGAGAUCUACUUGAACUUGAAAAAUGAUUUUAAUGCCUUUAUUUCUGUGUAAAAACGACUCUAUGAAAAUAUUGUUAAACCAUUUUUUGAAUAAUAUUUUCAAAUGUCCAUAUUUUUGGAACAUUUAAUUGAAUUUUUAUUAAAAAAAGAAAAGAAUAUUAUUUCAUAUUGGAAAUGUAAUUUUGUGUAGAUUUCUAAUGCAGAAGACAGGAAUUGUAUCAGUUGCGGCUUAAAAUCAAAUAAAAUGCUGGAAAAUAUAA